AUAUUCUGUACAGAAAGUUGUUUCUUUUGGCUUGAAUAUAUUACAGCUAUUAUCAAAAAUAAAGAACAAUUGAACUGGUCCACAUGUCAACGGGCCGAGGACUCUUACGCAAAUGCAUCGAUCACAGAUUUUAUGACUGUUAUAGUACACGCACAGAGAAAUGCAAAAAUUCUGGCCUGCUUGAAAUACCUGAGGGCAAAAUGGAAUAUUGUAGCAUGAAUAAUGGCAUGCGUUUAAUUUCAGAAUAUAAAAAAGAAUCAUUUAUUACCACUAUUGGAUGCUUUUUACCAGCUGGUGCAGUAUUUGAAAAACCCGAGGAACGUGGCAGUGCAUUAUUUUUGGAGCAUGUACUAUUCCAAGCAACGACUCAAAAAAAUCAGCAGCAGAUUGAAACAGAAUUACAGGAAAUUGGUGGAACAUUAACGGCUAAAGCAAUGCGAGAUAUGUUUGUGUUUUACGGAACAGUACCUUCUUAUAAUGCUAGGAAACUCGCAGAUAUACUGCUUGACGUUGCUCUAAAUGGUGUUACAUGUUUUAAUGAUGUUGAAUCGGCAAAAUAUAGGAUUCUCCAAGAACUCUCUAAAGUUGAAUCUAAUACAGAACAUGUCGUAAUGGAUUAUUUUUCAAAUAUUGCAUACCAGGAUACGGUAUUGUCUAAAAGCGUGUUUCCUGAGAGUUGCAUAAUCGAAAAUUUUGAAAAGGAAUGCUUAAUCAGCUUUAGAAAGCGUGUGUUCAAACCACAUUUCAUGACUAUGAUUAGUUCUGGUGCAAUUUCUUUAACAGAAUUACAAACAGUUGUGGAUGAAUAUAUUACUGAAAGUUCACAAGAAACACAGUCCUCUACCGAUGAUUGUAAACUGAAAUCAUUCUCAGAUUUAAAACAAUUACGCUUUUCAGGUGCUGAUUUACGAUUAAGAGAUGACAACAAAAAAUUAGGAUAUGUAGCUAUAGGCUUCGAAGGACCAACUUACUCCCAAUGUACAGAUCGAUGUGCUUUUCAAGUAGCUAAAGAAAUUAUAGGCUCCUGGGAUAUGACGUAUAGUGGAGCAAAUCAUAAUGCACCAUAUCUUGCACAUAGUGCAUUUAAUACAGGCUUAUGCCAUUUAUAUAAAUCAUUUAUUUUGGAUUAUGCGUGCAACAGUAUAUGGGGCUGUUACUUUGUCUGUGACAAGUUGGAACUUGACACCAUGGUUUCCAUGCUGCUAAGAGAAUGGAGAAAAUUAUACACGACAGUCACUAAUUUGGAAGUAGAGCGAGCUAUAAAUAAAUGUAAGUUUCAAGAAUUGAAAAAAUUGAAUGAUCCAGUAGAUCGUUUCUUUGACAUAGUCAAUUGCCUUCAUUUACGUAAAUGUUAUAUCCCCAUGGAAGAGAGACUCGCGAAGUAUGAAGUAAGUCAGUAGAAUAGUAAUGCCUUUGUAAAGAACAUCAACAGAAAUUCAGAAAUCAAAAUUCAACUCUUUCAAUCUUCUCAUUUAUAGGCAAUUACAACAAAUAUGAUGCGAGAUGCUGCCAGUAAAUAUAUAUGCAAUCAAUCUCCCGCAAUCGUAGGACUUGGACGUAUUGAAAAUUUGACAGAUUAUUGCAUUAUACUUCGUGGUACAUGGUCAUUAUAUUAUUAAAAAAUUAUCAAAUUUUCUCGACAUGAGAAAAAUUGAUUGUACUAUUAAUAAUUAAUUAAUAAUAAUUUAUAAAGAAUUUUAAUCGAAUUUUUUGAGAUUUUUCAUAGUCAAACUUUACUCUCAUGAUUUUUAAUAUUUUAUCAGUAAUUGUAUACAUAUGUGUGUGGACAACCAGAUAUGCUUAGCGACAUACAUACUUACAAAUAUUAUAUAAUACAUGUUCUCAUAAUUAUUUAUUCUUAUGUUCUUACAUGUUCUUUUAAUUUAUUAAU